CAAACCCUAGGACCAUUCUUGGCGAGCUUUCUCUGUACCUUUCUCAGUGAUGGCCAGCCUUCUUCGGAAGCCGCCGUGUCAGGGAUCUGGGAGGCUCUUACAAGUGGUCCUUUGGGCUGUGGGAACGCUGAGAGGAGAGCUCCGUAGACGCGGAAGGUGCUAGAGCCACACAGGAAACUCCCCGUUCUUCCUGGGCCAGCAGCACACCCACGGUACACACCCCUCCCUGACUUAACUCAGCCCACAAACUCCUGGGAAGAGAGCCAGGCCCAACCUAGCUUCUGAGGAGUGGACUCAGUCCUUCUGUGCACCAAGGGAAGGAAAGCCAGAGGCUGGUACAGGCUAAUGCCAGAAAUGACGGCGGUAGUGGACCCUCACCACAUCUCUGAAGACUGCAAAGUGGCCCAUCCUCAGGACCCUCACCACUCUUCGGAGAAGCCUGUCAUUCACUGUCAUAAAUGCGGGGAGCCAUGCAAGGGCGAAGUGCUUCGGGUGCAGACCAAGCAUUUCCAUAUCAAAUGCUUCACCUGCAAAGUGUGUGGCUGCGACCUGGCCCAGGGAGGCUUCUUCAUAAAGAACGGGGACUACCUGUGUACCCUGGACUACCAGAGGAUGUAUGGGACACGGUGCCACGGCUGUGGGGAGUUCGUGGAGGGCGAGGUGGUAACUGCCCUGGGCAAGACCUACCACCCCAACUGCUUCGCCUGUACCAUCUGCAAGCGCCCGUUCCCACCCGGAGACCGAGUCACAUUCAACGGGAGAGACUGUCUUUGUCAGCUCUGUGCACAGCCGAUGUCUUCCAGCCCUAAAGAAGCCACCUGCUCCAGCAACUGUGCCGGCUGUGGAAGGGACAUUAAGAACGGGCAGGCACUGCUAGCUCUGGACAAGCAGUGGCAUUUGGGCUGCUUCAAGUGCAAGUCCUGCGGGAAGGUUCUCACCGGCGAGUACAUCAGCAAGGAUGGCUCCCCAUACUGUGAGAAAGACUACCAGGGGCUCUUUGGGGUGAAGUGUGAAGCCUGUCACCAGUUUAUCACAGGAAAAGUCCUGGAGGCAGGGGACAAGCAUUAUCAUCCCAGCUGCGCACGAUGCAGCAGAUGCAACCAGAUGUUCACAGAAGGGGAAGAAAUGUAUCUGCAAGGUUCUACCGUGUGGCAUCCCGACUGUAAGCAGUCCACCAAGACAGAGGAGAAGCUGCGGCCACCAAACAUUCCGCGCUCUUCAUCUGAUUUCUUUUAUCCCAAAAGUCUGAUUCGUCGCACAGGACGGUCCCCAGCUCUGCAGCUUCUGUCGCCACCCUGUCUGGUGAACUCCAACAAAAACCCCAGGCAGCCCACCAGGACCUCCUCUGAAAGUGUCUAUUCUAGACCAGGCUCCAGCAUCCCUGGCUCGCCAGGUCAUACUAUCUAUGCAAAAGUAGACAAUGAAAUCCUGGAUUACAAGGACUUAGCAGCCAUCCCCAAGGUCAAGGCGAUCUAUGACAUCGAGCGUCCAGAUCUCAUUACUUAUGAGCCUUUCUAUACAUCAGGCUAUGAGGACAAGCAGGAGAGACAGAGCCUUGGAGAGUCUCCAAGGACUUUGUCUCCAACUCCAUCUGCAGAAGGUUAUCAGGAUGUCCGGGAUCGGAUGAUCCACAGGUCCACCAGCCAGGGCUCCAUCAACUCCCCUGUGUAUAGCCGGCACAGUUACACUCCAACUACGUCUCGCUCGCCCCAGCACUUCCACCGACCUGAGCUCUUGUCUCCUGGUGUGCACAGGUGGUCUCCCCUGCGCACCAGCAGCUUCAGCUCCACCCACAGCGACUCCCGUCCCAACCCCCCCUUCCGACACCACUUCCUCCCCCAUGUCAAAGGCAAUGAGCCGUCCAGCGGCCGGAACUCCCCUCUCCCCUACCGGCCCGACAGCCGCCCUCUAACUCCAACUUACGCUCAGGCCCCUAAACAUUUCCAUGUUCCAGAUCAAGGGAUCAACAUUUACCGAAAACCACCCAUCUACAAACAGCACGCUGCUUUGGCAGCCCAGAGCAAGGCUUCAGAAGAUAUCAUCAAGUUUUCCAAGUUCCCAGCAGCCCAGGCGCCAGAUCCCAACGAGAUACCAAAGAUUGAGACGGACCACUGGCCGGGUCCCCCCUCACUUGCCGCCGUAGGAACUGACCCGAGACGCAGAUCUAGUGGCAGAGAGGAGGAUGAGGAGGAGCUUCUGAGACGCCGGCAGCUUCAAGAAGAACAGUUGAUGAAGCUCAACUCAGGCCUGGGGCAGCUGAUCCUGAAGGAAGAGACGGAGAAGGAGAGCAGAGAAAGGGCGUCCCUGCUGGCCAGUCGCUACGACUCUCCCCUCCGCUCAGCUUCACAUGCUCCGUCAUCUAAAACUUCGUCUCUCCCUGGUUACGGAAAGAAUGGCCUUCACCGGCCAGUUUCCACAGACUUCGCACAGUACAACAGCUACGGAGACAUCAGUGGUGGAGUUCGAGACUACCAGACCCUCCCAGAUGGCCACAUGCCUGCAGUGAGAAUGGACAGAGGAGUGUCCAUGCCCAACAUGUUGGAACCAAAGAUAUUUCCAUAUGAAAUGCUCAUGGUGACCAACAGAGGUCGCAACAAAAUCCUGAGAGAUGUGGAUAGAACCCGGCUGGAGCGCCACUUAGCCCCAGAAGUAUUUUGGGAAAUCUUUGGGAUGUCCAUACAGGAAUUUGACAAGUUACCUCUUUGGAGACGCAACGACAUGAAGAAAAAAGCUAAACUCUUCUAAGUCCCUCAAGUAAAUGACAAUCAGGAGAAGAAUUCUCAGUGGCGGUGGUGUCUAGAACAUUGUGCAAAGGCCCAGAAUUGAUCAGAGAAUUCAUUCACCACCCCGUCUCCAGGCAGCAACACCAAGGGCAAGUCUGAUCUCAGCACCCAGGAGCCACAUCCUGGGCCAAGCAACAGUAACCCUUGCCAAGCAACGCCGGGGUAGAAUUUCUAUGUUCCCAAAUUCAGCAGCGUCCACAUGAGACCUUUUCACAUGACUCUGUGGGGUUUCUUUCUCCUUUUUACUUUCCCCUUUAGCCCAUGUCUAACUUAGUGCUGCCUGUGUUGGUAAGAGUCAGCAAGUGCCCUUAGGAAGCCACACGGAGGGGAUGCUGGGAGUCCUGACGUAUGAAUCUAUUUAUUACGUAGCACUGUGGUGGAGAAGGAAUCCAGGGGCCUGCCCUGAUCUGGUAGCAGCUACUUUGCCUGUCCUUGGCCAUCUCCCUCAGCUCUGCCUGGGCUCUGAGGGAAAUGGAACUCUGUCAGGGAGCAGGCAGUUCUAAGUUCGUGGCUGAGUACCAGCCAAAAUGAUUUAGACGAGCUCCUGUGUGUGCUGAGACCGGGCUACCCAGCUGCUAGAGGGGAAAAACAAGACAAUGGAAAAGGAAAAAGGAAUGAAGGAACCUCCCUCCCUGAAAGCUUUUUCUGCUUCUGAGACUGUGCUCAGCCCUUUCCCCUAUAAACUGAUAGGAACUGCGUGCGUGUCCACCUUUCCAAAGGAAAGGCAAAAAGAGUUUCCAGGUUGGCCCAGCUGCUGAUAGGUGAUUUUUUUUCCCCACGAAUCAUGUAUCUCUUAGAGAAGAAAACUCUGUGCCCUACCACAUCACAAGGUCUCCUCCUCAGUGUGUGUGUGUGUGUGUGUGUGUGUGUGUGUGUGUGUGUGU